AUGCCGAAAUCCCCUCCUCAGGAAACAGACGAGAUCCAGCAACACGAAUCCGACAGCCUUCCCUUCUCUCGCCACUUCUUUGCAACCCUCUUCACCAUGAGCUCCAACAACCAGCAAGGCCAGAGCGGACAUGAUCCGAACACACCAACUUCCAAUCCUCCAAGCUCGCAAGCUCAAUCGUCUCCCGGACAGCCUAGCACCUCAGGCUCAGGCCAGCCCUCCCUCCACGUUUCUGGCGCCGGUAUCAUGCAGCAACAGCUCGGGCAGUACUACUUGUAUCUCACCAACACGCAGUCGUCGGCUGGGCAGUCGGGUCAAUCAGGCCAAGGGAGCCAAGGUAGCGGUGGAAGUCCGAGCAGCAGCCAAGGCGGGCAGAGUAGCGGGCCUGGCCCGGGAAGAUGA